AUCCGCCCAACCUUCCGCGCACAACCAUCAACAGCACCAUCACCCAUUAGCGCAGACACUCCGUCUCCUUCGAGCUUUCAGCCUCUCAGCUCUCUCCUCACAUCACUACUGCAAGUCCGCGGCGCAAAACGCGACACCUUCAACCCCUCCCACCGCGUUCGGAAGCGGCGGCAUGGCUUUCUCGCCCGACUGCGCAGUCGGACGGGCAGGAUGGUGUUGAAGCGGAGGAGGGCUAAGGGGAGGAAUACGUUGAGUCAUUGA